UUUACUGCAGCUCCUACAGGAAGAGCAAGUGUCCUGGGGGCAUUUGGCUUUGAGUUUCCCUCUGAGGUUCUCCUCCUGCCAUUCGCUCCCGACCAGACCAGUGCUACCUCAGCCCGGAGGAUCUCCACACACUUUAAUAUGGACUCAGAUUCUUCAAGGGCUUAACAUUUUUUAAGCGUCUUUUUCGGCUGCACGAUUUAUUUUGACCGUUCAGAAAAGCAUCUGAGGAUGGAUACGGUUUAUUUUUUAAUCAUUUUAAUUCAUGGAAUUCAUGCAGCAUCCCGUUCUGGAAAGGAUCUGAUGCCACAAAUGCCGAACGUGUGUACGGAGCGAGAGGUGAAGCUGGUGGCUCACAUGCAGCCGUGUGUCCAGGCCUUCACUCGAAUGGUUAAAGUCUGGAAACAGGGCUGUCAGGGACACUCGUGGUGUAUGAACUAUGAGAGGAGGACGGCGUAUUACACGGCGUACAGACAAGUGUAUCGUCAGGAAUAUCAGACUGUUUCCAAGUGUUGUCCAGGCUGGUCACAGCUCAAUGGAGAAGCCGGAUGUCUCUACCCUGUCUGCAGUUAUGGGGUGUGUUUUAAUGGAGGUCACUGUAGGGAAGGUUCCGCUCAACUCUGUGACUGUCCGGCCGGCUUCAGCGGUCCAAGCUGUCAGUACGAUGUAAACGAAUGUGAAGAGACAAACGGCGGCUGUGAAGCUCUGUGCUGUAACACCAUCGGCAGUUUCUACUGUAAGUGUCCUGCAGGACAAGAGUUGAAAGAGGACGGCAAGACCUGUCAGGAUAUUGAUGAAUGCCAGGUGCACAACGGAGGCUGCCAGCACAAGUGUGUGAACACCAGGGGCUCGUAUCACUGCCAGUGUAACGCUGGAUCACGGCUGCACGUCGACGGACGGACCUGCAUCGCUGUCCACUCAUGCAGUGUCGGAAACGGCGGCUGUGAGCAUUUGUGUGUCCAGCAGACUGCAGGUCAUGUUCAGUGUCGCUGUCGGCCUGAUUACAAACUCACCGCGGAUGGAAAACACUGUAAAUUGGAGAACCCGUGUGCGCUGAGGAAUGGUGGUUGUUCUCAGAUGUGUCAGAGGGCGGGCGAUCGCGCCCGCUGUGGAUGUCGAUCAGGUUAUACGCUGGCCGAAGACGGGAAGACUUGUGAAGACACUGAUGAGUGUCAGACGGGUCAGGCAGACUGCUCUCAUGGCUGCCAAAACACCAGAGGAUCGUUUGUGUGUGUGUGCCACGCUGCCUAUGAAUUGGGUGUUGAUGGGAAACAGUGCUAUCGUAUUGAGAUGGAGAUUGUCAACAGUUGUGAUCAUAACAACGGUGGCUGUUCUCAUCACUGUGAACAUUCCACCAAUGGACCCGUGUGCAGCUGUAACCAAGGAUACAAGUUAGAUGAUGACCACAAGACGUGUAUCGAUAUAAAUGAAUGUGGAGACGGCGGCUCUUGCUGUGAGCAGGAAUGCACAAACUAUCCUGGAGGUUAUGAAUGUUAUUGUACAGCCGGAUAUCGCUUGAAUACGGACGGAUGCAGCUGUGAUGAUAUAGAUGAAUGUCUGGCUGAAAAUGGAGGCUGUGAUCACAGGUGUCAGAACAGCGCUGGGUCGUUUCAGUGUUACUGUAAACGCGGUUACCGCCUCGAUGAAGACCGCCGCUCAUGUGUUUCGUUGCAGGAUACUGUGGAGGCUUUAAGCAGCGGUCAGUCUGUUGAAAGACCUCGACCUCAGCUGACCCUCCUACAGGACUAUGAGCAGAUCCUGGAGAGAUACGAUGACUAUGAAGAGGACGCUGGAGAACUAAGAGCUGAAAACACACUAGCUGAGAAGUUCAUAUGUCUGAAUGAGUCGUUCGGCUCUGACUGCAGUCUGUCGUGUGAGGACUGUGUUAACAGUGGAGUGUGUAACACACACAGAAGGGGAUGUGACUGUCCUGAUGGAUGGACUGGAAUCAUCUGUAAUGAGACGUGUCCGUCAGGUUGGUUCGGCAGAAACUGCUCAUUCAACUGUAAGUGUAAGAAUGGUGGUGUGUGUGAUCCGGUCACAGGAAGCUGUAAAUGUCCACCAGGGGUCAGUGGAGAGCUCUGCCAGGACGGUUGUCCGAAGGGUCUCUACGGGAAGUUCUGUAAUAAGAAGUGUAAUUGUGCUAAUAACGGACGCUGUCAUCGGACAUACGGGGCGUGUCUGUGUGACCCGGGCCUGUACGGACGUUUCUGUCACUUGCCGUGUCCUCGGUGGAUGUUUGGACCGGGCUGUUCCGAAGAGUGUCGCUGUGUCCAGAAGAACUCCGUGGAGUGUCAUCGUCGCCAUGGCGCCUGCAUCUGUAAACCAGGUUACCGGGGCGACACCUGCAAAGACACGUGUGAAUCAGGAUUCUACGGCUCCGGGUGUGACAGAAAAUGCACCUGUCCACCUGGAGUGUCGUGCGAUCAUGUGACCGGAGCGUGUCAGCCCCAGUGUUCAGCUGGAAAGAGAGGAGAGAAAUGUGAUGAAGACUGUGUUGAUGGGAGAUUUGGGAUUGGCUGCUCUCAGUCAUGUGACUGCUCGGGGGCAUCAUGUGAUAAGAUCACCGGCCAAUGCGUGUGUCCCGCCGGCACGUUUGGGGAACGCUGUGAGAAAGAAUGUGCUGAAGGUUAUUGGGGCGUUGACUGUCGGGAAUCGUGUCCGCCGUGUGCAAACGGAGGUGUUUGUAACAAGCGUAACGGGACGUGUGUGUGUUCAGCGGGAUUCCUCGGCAGACUGUGUCAGAACUCGUGUCCGGCGGGCCGGUUCGGUCGGGGUUGUCUGCUGAGAUGUUCCUGUGAUAACGGGGGUCGCUGUAAUCCUGUAAGCGGCCGCUGCUCGUGUCCCGCCGGCUGGACGGGACACAACUGCAUGAAAGCGUGUGAUGUUGGUCGCUGGGGUGUGGACUGUGUGAACGUGUGUGGAUGUCAGAACGUUGAUGGAGGGUGUGACGCUCAGACCGGACGCUGUCAAUGUGAGGCGGGUUUCACAGGACCAACAUGUGACCAGAAGUGCCCUGCUGGUUCUUUUGGAGCGGGCUGUAAGCAUCGCUGUCAGUGUGAAAAUCAGGCAUCAUGUGAUCACGUGGGCGGGGCUUGUACCUGUAACGUCGGCUGGACUGGAACUUUCUGUGAAAAGCCGUGUCCUCAGGGAUUUUAUGGUCUGGACUGUCAGCAGAAGUGUGUGUGUAUGAAUGGAGCUCUAUGCAGUCACAUCACUGGUGAAUGUUCCUGUCUGCCUGGCUGGAUUGGACCACAUUGUAACCAAACGUGUGCUGUUGGGUUCUAUGGAGACGGCUGUUCUCAGACCUGUGUGUGUCACAAUAACAGCAGUUGUAAUGCAGUGAGCGGUCAGUGUGAAUGCAGCGCCGGCUGGACGGGAAACACCUGCUCACGACAAUGUUCUCCAGGAUUCUUCGGCGUGGGUUGUGGUCAGAGAUGCCUGUGCCAGAAUGGUGGUUUGUGUGACCCUGUGAAUGGCCACUGCGUUUGCCCCAGCGGAUGGACGGGCUCUGCUUGCGAACGGGAAUGUCCAGCGGGUCGGUUCGGGUCAGACUGUCAGGACAGUUGUGAGUGUCGGAACGGUGGUCAGUGUGACAGACAGACGGGUGGUUGCGUUUGUCAGCCUGGCUGGACCGGAGAACUCUGUGAGAACGCAUGUGUGUCUGGACGUUUUGGAGCCAGCUGUGAGGGUCAAUGUGAGUGUGAACACAACGCUCCCUGUCAUCAUGCGAGUGGCGAGUGUUCCUGUCCCGCCGGAUGGAGAGGACGACGCUGUGAGAAAGCAUGUCUGCCGGGCUCAUACGGUGAGAAAUGCCUUCAGCGCUGCUCCUGCCCGACGGGAACAUCAUGUCAUCAUAUGAGCGGAAACUGCGGCUGUCCCGCUGGAUUUACCAGCCACGGCUGUGAAGAGAUUUGUCUGCCCGGCACGUAUGGCAUGGACUGUAAUCAGUUGUGUCAGUGUUCAGAGAGUAACCAGCUGUGCCAUCCAGUGUCCGGAAAAUGUUACUGCGCCCCCGGAUUCACAGGACCAAAGUGUGACCUUGAGUGUGCUGAAGGUUUCUAUGGACCCGACUGUGAGCGGCAGUGUCAGUGUUUGAAUGGAGGACUUUGUGUUUCUGUCUCGGGCACCUGCAAAUGUGCACCUGGUUUCAUCGGUGCCAGAUGCAAUCUGACGUGUCCGGCCGGACGUUACGGGCAGGACUGUGCUCAUGUGGCGGUCUGCGGGAAGGGUGCGAGGAAUGAUCCGGUCACAGGCAGAUGUAUCUGUGCAGCAGGACAUCGUGGUGAAAACUGUGAUCAAGGCUGCGCUGCGGGCUGGUUUGGUUCAGAUUGUUCACAGAGAUGUAACUGUAGCAGUGGAGGUGUGUGUGACGCUGUUGCUGGAAACUGCUUGUGUUCUCUCGGACGGACCGGACAACAUUGUGAGAAAGAAUGUCCAGAAGGCAGGUUUGGUCCCGACUGUGCUCUGGAGUGUGUGUGUCAGAAUAACAGCACCUGUGACGGGGUAACCGGUGUCUGUCAGUGUGAAGCCGGAUAUUAUGGACACCGCUGUGAACACGUUUGUCCUGCCGGUCUAUACGGGUCUCAGUGUUCUCAGCGGUGCGAUUGUGUAAAUGAUGCUCGGUGUCAUCCCAGUACAGGACAGUGUCUCUGUCCCGCCGGCUUUCAUGGAUCUCGCUGUGACAGACUUUGUGAGCAGGGCACAUUCGGUCAGAACUGCUCUCAGUCAUGUGACUGCGCAGACGGCAGGUCAUGUGACCCUGCGAGCGGCAGGUGUAUCUGUCCCUCGGGAAAAACCGGGGCCAGGUGUGACAGCGACUGCAGUAUGAACCGCUUCGGCCCAGACUGCGCUCUGACAUGUGAAUGUGAGCACGGAUCUCAGUGUGACAGCAGAAACGGACGCUGCACGUGUCUGAAUGGCUGGAUUGGUCUCACGUGUUCUGAACGUGGACCUCCACAACUGGACCACAGAAGUUCAGAAGCGGCUCAGCUGCGUCCCAACAGCUCGUAGCACCAACACAACCGUGUCUUAGAGACAGAAGACAAAAGCACAAAUGUAUUUAUGAACCGUUUGUGGGUUCUUUUGGACCCGCUGGAACCUCUUCUGCAUUAACUGGAUGCGAAAGCGAGGAACACUUGCAACAAACUGUUGGACACUGUGAUGACUCGGCAGUGCUGUAUUUUGAGUGCACUUUCAUGUGAUUGUCAACUGCAAAUCACAGUGAGAGAAUUUACAACAAUGCAAACAAUAAAAAAAACAGCGAUUACGUUUCAGACACGGACAGUUUAUUUACUGAGAUGCAGACAGAUGCCCAGUGUGCUUUGGACCGUAGUCCAUACUUGAUCAUUUGUCAUUUACUGUUCUGUCAAGAGUAUCGUUUUAUGGUCUGUGUUAAGAUGUUUUAACAAGACUGGUUUUACAUUUCACGCAAAGCAUCAAUUAAAUUGGAAAUAAAGCGUCCCCUACAAAAAUAAGUAUACUUUGGUAAAGUUCAGGUGUAAUUUUAAAUAUACCUUAUGUAGUAAGUAUAUAGUAUACUCAGUAUACACGUAAAUCUUCCAUUUCAAACCUAUUUGGGAAUAAAAUGGUCAAUUGCACUUUUAAGUGUACUUUAAGUAGGAAACUUUUAAUACAAAACUACUUUAUAACUAAAUUUUUCUGAGAAGCACAUAAAAAACAUAUUUUUGAUGUAAAAGUAUACUAAUAGCGCACUUGAAUAUUCUUCUUUUUUGUAAAGCGUUUUAUUUUAAUGCUAUUAAAAUUAACAAAACGAUGAACAAAUACAAAUGAGACACUUAGAAAACAUUAAAAUAUAGUACACAAUUGUAUUUUCGGACAGUUUUGUUUGACCUCGAUGGCAGGCUGAUGUCUUUAUGUGGACAUCGUGAAGAUGUUUAUAUGCACAUGAAGUGAUUUCUCUCGAUCUUAUUAAUGGUGCUACAUUGCCCUUUUAUUAAAGAAGGGCUUGUAUAUGAAAUUCUUCAUAUCAGGAACUUACGUUUUGUUUUUUGUAUAUUGAUGUUCCAGUGCUUUAGCCUUUUCAAAUCUGAAGUUUUAUUUAUAUUUUGUAAAGUACACAAUUGUAAAUGUUACAUAAAGUCUAUAACAUGUGAACUGCUUAAAAAUAAAGAUGUUUUCACUCAUGCUGGUUAAAUAGUCAAUGAAAAAAAAUCACCCACUGCUUAGUUAAAGCGCCAUUUAAAUACAUUGCACACAGUGAUCCAGAUCAAUCCAAUGAUAAAUAAAUGAAAUGUUUAAAUCUUCUAUUUGAUGACAGGUCAUACUGGAAAUGGAAGGUCAAGUUUUAUUUCACGUGUGAUGUAGGCACUAUUCAUCUGCGGCACUAUUUAGGAAAACAAGGACACACAAAGUUUGUUUUCAUAGUCAUUGUUUUAUAGUUGUCAUUUCAUAGAUACAGUGGCUGUACAUCUCUAAAUUCAGAUUCAAGCGCAAUGCAGUGAGCAAAUGCCUUUUCGUGAAAAUAAAAGAACAUACAAGGCUGAAGUGAUCACCAUGAGUACUUUUUAUGUAUAUAUAUGUACAAAGGUCAAACUAUAUACAGAUAUCCGACUCGACAUACAGUAUUUCUCCACGAAGCGUGGAAUUGUAGCUUGCCAUUGUAUACAUUUCACAGAAGUCUCUAAAAAUGCAUAAUCAGUGCAAAUAAUUGCUCUUUGUAAUCAUCGUCAUCCUCAGUCAGUACCACCAGAGGGCAACAAAGGACGGUGAAAAAAUAAAAUCAUAUUCUUGUCUUAAUCUUUGUAAAAUAGUAAACGUGAAAAAUAAUCUCAUUGGGAAAUAAAGCAUGAAAAUAAUCAUUCAACACGCAUCCAACUUCUCCGACCUGAUAAAUACCCAUUUUACACAGCUACCAUUUCCACUUUUCCCUGCUCAGCCAAUUUAAGUCUCAUCAAAAUAAACAAAAUACCACCAUUUGAGUUGGUCAUAUGUUUCAAACUUCUGAAAGCUAGAUUCAUUUAUAUUUUUAAGGUAAUACAAUUGUACCACUAAAUGGGGGUAUUAUCAUACUCCAAACAAAUGAAGUGCUAGAACUCAUCCACAAGCAUCUACUUUACAUCCAGACACAGGCUGACAUGUAACACACUAAAUCAAACUGAAAAUAUUAGUGAAAAGCAGACAUCUCCCGUCUUACAAAAUAAAACAUGUAAACCAAUGUCAGUGUUAUGUGAGAAAUGAGCAGAUUAAUUUUCGUUUUGCCUUUUACUAUCCAUCCUGAACGUCAGCUCUAGUAUCUAAAAAACACAGUGAUGAGGACACAUCAAUAUCAACACCUCAUUCACAUCUUAUCUAAACACAACUCAACCGUCUUCCCCAAAUCUACAGUUUUGAUUAGAAAUCUGGAAACUAGUUCGUACACUCAACACUUCUGAUGAUAAUACACAAUGAAAUGUUACGAGUUCAACACAAGUGAAGCUCAAAUGAUGAAAAUAAACAAUAUACAUAUUAUUACACUAGUAUUUUAUCAUUUCGAGCUUGCAAAAACAAGAUGUUUAGGGAAACUUUUUGUUUGUUUAUGAAAUAAAGCAUCCAUGGUAAUGUCUUGACCAAGCUUCACUUGUACUGAACCCAGAAUGACUCAUGACCCAGCUAACAAAAACGAACGUUUCAUUAAGUUUUAAAAAUGAUAUUUCCUAAUCUUAUAAUCGUUCCACUAUCUAUGUAGCAUUUUUUAACCGUAUACUGUAAUAAUGAUAAAAUGCUUUUUCCACAUUGCUGCAAAAACGUUUUGAUAACCUUGAGACAACGUUUAGAGAACGUUAGCAAAAGUUCUGAGUGUUUCCUGUUAGCUGGGGAAGUUUAAAACAGUACAAACACAAAUGCAUCAUGACCAACUAAACAAAUAAGGUGCAAGUUGGAAUAAUUAUUAACACACAAUAAACACCACGUGUCUCCAACCGUUCUUCAGACGACACACUAACUCACAGAUGCUAUGGACACCAGUUCAGGUGGGUAAUGUAGCUGUUACUCAACCCGAUACACAAAACCAUUGAACUUUGAAGAAUGAAUUGCCGUGAGCACAUGAUUCUGAGAAUACUUGGUCUGAUCGUAAGGUAUUUUUUGAACAUCAUCAUGAAUGAUAUUUUACAAAAGGUACCGUCUUAACAUUUGUGCAAAUCUGUUUGAAAAGGACUUAAAAAGCAGCACUAGCCAGUUUUAAAGAUGUGCACUAAAUGCGAGUGACCGCAUGCUUCCGAAAUAAACCUCAUGCUUGAUCAGCGACAGGUCGACUAAACGGUGAACGCUAGAAAGAGUUCGGCCUCCUUAUCAAUUUCAAUAAUAUCUUAUUGAUGAAUUGGUUUUGUGACCCAUCUCCAUUCAGAAAAAGAUCUAAAGACUGUUGUGAUCUAAAGAUCUAAUGUUUAUUUGUAUAUAUGUACUUAAAUUUAUAGCGCUACCAAGAGCAUGACACGUCAGAAUGGCUAUACAAAGAAGAGGAAAGAUGGCAAAGCACAGUUUAAAGGCCAAAUACAUGCCGCUAAAAACAGAGGACACGGGGGUCAUGAUAUAGACAGGAUGAGGGAUAGAUCUUUGGCUUAAGCCACACAUAUCAUCUCUGGUACAUUGUGAAAAUGUCCAGCGAACAGAAAUGAGAUGUUAGACAAUUUAGCUCACGCUGUCGCACAUACACACGCUUACACACAAGCGAACCGAGACAUUCUACCGCAGUCCCUGAGCUGCUUUCACAAACACAUCUAUGCUCCUAUUGGCCAGUCUGCUUUUCUAUUGGCUAGGAACAUCUGUCCAAGUCAUCACGUUGUGCUGCGAGCGUCACCCCCAGCAACACUUUUAAUGAAUAUUUUGUGUAGGUUUUUCAUGCCAAAUAUGAUUUUACUGAUAGAUUUACAGUGCACUUUUUUUGAAGCAAGCGAGAGAUCCGUGUCACGGCGAGCGAGCAAGAUUUUACCUUCAUUCAGAAUCUAUAACCUGCAAACUUUGUAUAAGCGGCACAGAUUUUCCUUUUCUUCUCAUUUUAAUCAUGAGUUUGUCUUAUGAUUUUAAUCUCAUUAAGAAACAGCUGGACCCCAAAUUAUUUACAAUCACGAAUGAUCAAAAACGUCUCCAAAACAAUGAAGCCUACUUUUAGAAACAUUUCUGCAUUGCCUUUCCUCUGCAAAUGUCUGACGCGAGAUAUUUUAUACUCUUUUUACGGACAUAUACAUAUUAAGAAUUUGGAGGAAAACUGUGUUCAUUGCUUUAAGGUUUACAUAUCAAUUCUUGAUUUCUUUUUCAUUUGUUGGGAUGGAACUUGACUAAAACAGGUCAAUCUUUUGCAUUACGAAAGCAGUGAUGACAGAAGCAUUCCUAUCCCGUCAUUAAUAAAGAUAAUUCACUCUUGAAAUCUAUGAAGUGAAUAGUUUUGAUAUUAGCACAAGAAACACUAGACGUGUGUGCUGGGAGCAGGUCUUUUCUGUGGAGGGAAGACCAAACCUCAUCACCGUCCGGUUCCACAGAUCUUCAAAACCACAAGACCUGAUGGAGUAAUCUGACAUCAAGAUGUCUCAUACAGCCCUGUUAGCAAAGCAAGGACGGAUAAAAAGCCGUUUUUUAGUCUAAACAAAGAAAGGACACGAUAGCGACGCAAUGCGGAAUGAGCAAAAGCCUCAAUUUACUUUUUGCCCCUUUCCACACCGGAGAGUUCGGAUCAGUUCUGUCACCUCAUGUUGUCUUAAAGUGCUUAAAUGGAUUUGCGUGCGGGGAGAGAGGGUGAUGCAUACGUAACGCAGAUGACACAGUGACGAGUUCCGGGCCUCGAUGACAUUAACAAUAUGUGCAAACCCAAACGGGCGCACGAGCGGCUGUGAAU